AUGAUGCAGAAUAACUCUGAGAUAAUAAUUGAGCUUCAGGGUCUGAAUGACUCUCUGGCGAACCGUCAGAUCUACUUCGCCUUAGCUCUGACGUCGUACCUCAUCACCAUCUUCGUCAACCUGAUGCUCAUCGCCACCGUCUGUGUGGAGAAAUCACUCCAUGAACCGCUCUACAUCUUCCUGUGCAAUCUGUGCUUUAACGGCAUCUGCGGAGCGUCCAGUUUCUACCCGAAGCUGCUUCACGACCUUCUGGCCGACUCUCACAUCAUCACAUACGGUGGCUGUUUGACGCAGAUUUUUGUGGUGUACAGUUAUGUUUUCUGCGAGUUCACCAGUCUGACCGUCAUGGCGUUUGACCGCUACCUGGCCAUCUGUAGGCCGCUGCAGUACCGGACGCUGAUGACAGUGCAGAGGGUGGUGCAGCUGCUGCUGCUCACCUGGAGCUUCACACUGCUGGAGACAGCAGUGGGCGUCAUCCUAACCGCCAGCCUGCCACUCUGCAGGCGCCACGUCACCAAGAUCUUCUGCACCAACUGGGAGGUGGUUAAGCUGGCGUGCUCCGACACGACCGUCAACAACGUCUAUGGCUUCGUGCUCACGUUCUCGCACCUGUCGCAGACCGGACUCAUCCUGGUGUCCUACGGCUACCUGGUCCGGGCCUCGCUCAAGUUGCAGUCCAGCCGCAGGAAGUUCAUACAGACGUGCCUGCCGCACCUCAUCACGCUGUUAGUCUUCACCACCUCGCUGAUGUUUGACACCAUGUUCUCCCGUUAUGGCAGCAGCACGCUGCAGGUGCUGCGGAACGCACUGGCCGCAGAGUUCUUGGUGGUCCCGCCCCUCAUCAACCCCAUUAUUUACGGCAUCAACCUGCAUCAGAUCAGGUCCAAGAUCUUCCACAACUUCACCGUCAAACCUGAGAUCUCAAAACCACAUUCAUGA